GAGGAGGGAAGACCUGGAAGGAGGAAACAACAGUGGAGGGGUUGAGCCUCAGACAAUGUGCCUCUCUGUUCCACCGACUUCUCUCUUUCCAUUCUGCGCGAGCAUAACAAAAAUGUUUUCUCAGACAACGUCUAUUGUGUCACGGAUGGCUCUUCACAGAGACAUCGAGCUGAAAUAACAAGGAGUGAUAUUGUUUUUAGGUUCCUGGCAGGUGGAAGGGAUAGUGAGAAAGAAAGAAAGAAAGAAACAAACAAACAAAGAAAGAGAAAGGGAAAAAAAACACUAUUUGACUGAGAUGCUUGAGGUCCGUCCAGCUUCAGGUAAAAGAGAGCUGAUUUGCCGGCAGCAUCACUGAAAAGCAGCCACUUGUUUAGCAAAGUUGAGUUCUGAAAUGCUCAGGACUUCUUGAGAAGAUGUCUGGACGUUUUUGUAAACCGCUGGAAGUGUGAAAGAAUCAAGACAGAGAGUUAGAGGUGUUAGAGAAGAAAAACUUUUGACAUAUAAGCUUUGUAUUGAAAACAGACAUUGUUUGAAGAGCAAGUCGAGUUUUAACAUCUCUAUGGCAUGGAUUUUUUCCCCCAUUUUAACUGCGACCAUUUGUAACGGAUAUUUUAUGGCCGAUCAAGAACGGCGGCUAAAAAGAGGUCUAUGGAAAUGCAGGAUCUAGCUAGUCCACACAGCCGAGUAAGUGGAAGCAGUGAGUCCCCAAACGGUCCCAACCUCGACAACUCGCAUAUAAAUAACAAUUCCAUGACACCAAAUGGCACUGAAGGUGAUAACAUCACUAUGCUUACCACAGCUGACUGGUUGUUAAGUUCUAGUUCACAGUCCGCUGCAGUUAAAACAGAGCCAAUGAGCAGCAGUGAAAUCGCCACCUCUGUAGCAGACGGCUCUCUAGACAGCUUCUCAGGAUCAGCCAUUGGAACCAGUGGCUUCAGCCCAAGACAAACUCACCAGUUCUCUCCCCAGAUUUACCCUUCCAAUAGACCCUAUCCACACAUUCUUCCGACUCCUUCCGCCCAAAAUAUGGCCGCGUAUGGACAGACGCAGUACACCACAGGAAUGCAGCAGGCUGCUGCCUAUGGCACGUACCCUCAGCCAGGCCAGCCCUAUGGGAUUACAGCCUAUGGUCCAUUGUGGGCAGGCAUCAAGACAGAGGGCGGACUGACCCAGGCUCAGUCUCCAGGCCAGAGCGGCUUCCUCAGCUACAGUUCCAGCUUCUCCACGCCUCAGACGGGACAAGCACCAUACAGUUACCAGAUGCAAGGAGGCACUUUUACAACAACUUCAGGGCUGUACGCUGGAAACAAUUCCCUCACAAACUCAACUGGAUUCAAUAGUACACAACAGGACUACCCCUCCUACCCAGCUUUUGGCCAGAGUCAGUAUGCGCAGUAUUACAACAGUAGCCCUUACACUUCUCCAUACAUGACCAGUAACAACACCAGCCCCACCACACCCUCCACCACUGCCACCUACACCCUACAGGAGCCUCCAUCAGGGAUCACCAGCCAGGCCCUCUCAGAGCAACCGGCAGCAGAGUACAGUACAAUCCACAGUCCAUCAACCCCCAUUAAAGAUUCAGAUUCAGAUCGAUUGCGUCGGGCUUCAGAUGGAAAGUCACGUGGCCGGGGAAGGAGGAACAAUAACCCAUCCCCACCUCCCGACUCUGACCUUGAGCGCGUGUUCAUUUGGGACUUGGAUGAAACAAUCAUCGUUUUCCAUUCCUUGCUCACAGGGUCUUACGCCAACAGAUUCGGAAGGGAUCCACCAACAUCGGUGUCAUUGGGACUAAGAAUGGAAGAGAUGAUCUUCAACUUGGCUGACACACAUUUCUUCUUCAAUGACUUGGAAGAAUGCGAUCAGGUCCACAUCGAUGAUGUGUCGUCGGACGACAACGGGCAAGAUCUAAGUACAUAUAAUUUUAGCACAGACGGAUUCCACGCUGCUGCCACUAGUGCCAACCUGUGUCUGGCCACCGGCGUACGAGGAGGUGUGGACUGGAUGAGAAAGCUCGCCUUCCGCUACAGACGAGUAAAAGAAAUUUACACCACCUAUAAAAAUAACGUCGGAGGUCUGCUUGGCCCAGCCAAAAGGGAAGCAUGGUUGCAAUUGCGAGCAGAAAUUGAAGCCCUGACUGACUCCUGGUUAACACUGGCACUGAAAGCACUAACAUUAAUCCACUCAAGAUCAAACUGUGUGAACAUCUUAGUGACCACAACACAGCUCAUACCUGCCCUCGCCAAGGUCCUCCUGUAUGGACUGGGAGUAGUAUUUCCAAUUGAAAACAUUUAUAGCGCCACGAAAAUAGGAAAAGAGAGCUGCUUCGAGAGAGUAAUCCAGAGGUUCGGGAGAAAAGUUGUAUAUGUGGUGGUGGGGGAUGGCGUGGAGGAGGAGCAAGGGUCGAAAAAGCACAACAUGCCUUUCUGGCGGAUCUCUAGUCACUCUGACCUCAUGGCCCUGCACCACGCUCUGGACCUGGAGUACUUGUAGCACUGGGACGGCCCUGUCACUCUGUCCCAGGCCAUGCGGGGGCCCUGCAGACCCACAUCUAGCACCGUCAGCCUGCUGCGUCGCCCGGGCGUCUGCGUUCCGACAGCACUAGACCAAAAACAAAAUCGUUCACACACAUAACGUAGAGAGAGAGAGCAGCAUGCUCAGCGUGUUGACACAUGGCCGCAAUUCGUCUUAACCCUAAACCUUUUUCGAAGUGGAGGAGAGUGAAUUUAUGGCACUGCAGCUGCUGGCCCUGGUUACUGUGAAUUGGCUUUUUUUCCCGAAGCCAUCAAAAUGUUUUACAGCCCUGUCUAUGCGGGGGACUCGGCAAGGGUUCACACCUGUGACAAAAACUGAGCUACCGAUGCCUUUGGAACUCAGCAGGACUCCGAUCCCACUGCAACUUGGUGUACUGUUUUGUCUCGAGCGAUGGUACAAAGACAGUGGGGCACAACUCCUUGGUUUUCCUCGUUUCGCCAGACCUGUUGCCCUGGACGUCUUACGCUUCUUAUUUAUAAUCUCCGAGAGACUUUGUGGAGCGGCACUUGGCCCCAAAAAAAGAAACGUGUGCCUUUUCGCAUUACAAAGUACUUUGAUUCCACUACACCAAGAAGUUUAAGCAGAAGAUAAAGGAUUUUCUAAGUAAUUUAAGGAAAAAGAUUUAACGAAACAUUAUUUACAUUGCAGAGACAAUCGUGUACAGACAUUUUUUUGUGCGUGUGAGUGUGUAAAUUUGUAAUCACUGGACUAUUCCUUCCUAUAUUGAUUAAGGUACAUGCUGUGGAAAGCGGUUUCAUUAAAUUACGUACGUAAAGGCGUUGACGCAGUAGUUCGUGCAAAGCCUGAAAUUGUUGAUUGUGUUCAAGGUUUCAUUCAAUGAAUAAAUAUAGAUAAGGAUUUUUUUUUUAGUGAUAAUCGUUUUGUCAUGACCAAAAGCAUGGAUGUCAAGUGUCAAUAAUUUCGUAUUUUUCUUCAGUGAUGUUUUGUUUCCUCCUUUUUUACGCUUUGCUCCUCAAAGGUGGCGAGUCCAUGUAGAGACUUUCUCCACGAUGAAAUGUGACUCUUUCAGUCAGGAUUUCAUAGCGAAUUAAAUCCCAAUGGUAGCUCAAACUCCAAGGAAGAACAUAAGCAGCAUAAUAAGAAUAAUAAUCUUCUGAAUGUCAAGCUUCAAGCCGAGUGUAAAUGUCUGUAUCCCCAGUACUAUCUCUGCCCGAGCUGGACAUUGAACCUCAGCAUUUAAGCUUAAAUAGGUUUUAUUAUCUUUUGUACCGGCGCUAAAGCAGAAAGUCUUGUACAGCAAGUGUAAUUUUGUAUGAAGUAGUCUUUUUAUUUUGAUUGUGUGCACUUGGAAAUCACUGUAGUUGGAUUUUCAUGUUGCAUAUUGGUAGUUCUAAGGUAACUGUGGACUGGAAACGCUAGCUCUUAGACUUUAAAAAAGAAAGCCACUACUCACUCGCACCUACACACACACACACUCACUCUCACAAUGGAGUUGAGAACAUACAUGUGCUAUCGACUGUGAAUUUCCCCAGCUAACUCAGUCUGUUUUUCAUUUUUCCCUCCCGGCACAUGAUGAUGUUCGGUUCCUGCAGGUGAGGUCGUCUUCUCUGGCCUAGUUUUUCUCACCACAUUUACAAUUUCACCCCUCUUAUUGCAUCGCCCGCCACCCCCCGUACCGGGGAAUCACAUUUUGCUGCUAGAUCACGGUAACAGUAGAUGUUUUCUAGAUUUAACACACAUUUAGAUUUUUUUGUUUUUUUUAAUAAAUGAUGCAAUCAUAAUGCAAACUGGAAAUAAUAUUACAAUAUGUGGGCCUCAUUGUGAAACAGUUUGUUGUGUCUGCGAAAAGAUGUGUACAGAUGUUUUUGACAUUUAUUAUUUGAUUGUGUUUAAAUUAAUAAAAACUGAUUUGUGAACUGUUACACACAUUUUUCCCGUUUUGCAAGUGAUUGAAAUGGUGGCUAAGCAGUCUUCUGCCAUAGAGUUUCUAUUUAUUGACUGUUUGCUCCUGCGAUCAAAUGCCUCCGAAAUUAAGUGUUUCGGAAUAGCAGUUUUCUGGAACUGAUGAAUGUCAUUUUACGUAUACACACGGACACUUUAUAAAAGUCGCAUUUUAUGGGAUGGGAAUGUA